UGGACCUGCUGCCUUUUGUGACUCGCUGGGCACGGGGCGCUGAUGUUCUCUUGUUUUUUCCAGUCCGUAAUUUGCGAUCUGUCCGUCGCGGGCGCCGCUGGGGAGAUGGUAAUGGAGGCGGGGGGCCCGGGCCCCUCAAAGCCCGCAARUGACAGGCUCCUCCGGCGGAAGGAGAAGAAGGACAAGCGACAAUCCUGCGAGGGAUUCACUAUUAAAGCCAUGAUGAAAAACAGCGUGGUAAGAGGGCCCCCACCUGCAGGAUCAAUAAAACAAAGAGCACCAAAACGCACAGCUUUUCGCAAGUUUUAUGACAGAGGAGACUUUCCAAUCGCUGUUCAGCAUGAGCCUGUAGCAAACAAAAUCGCCUGGAAGGUGGAGAUUGAAAAUCUGGACUAUCAUUACUUUCUGCCUUUGUUCUUUGAUGGGCUUUGUGAAACAGAAUUUCCAUAUGAGUUUUUUGCUCGUCAAGGAGUCCAUGACCUUCUAGAGCAUGGUGGAAAUAAGAUCCUUCCUGUUGUUCCUCAGCUCAUUAUCCCAAUAAAAAAUGCACUGAACCUUCGUAACCGACAGAUCAUGUGCACCACACUGAAAGUCAUCCAGCACCUGGUGGUGUCAGCUGAAAUGGUGGGGGAGGCCUUGGUGCCCUAUUAUCGGCAAAUUCUCCCCGUUCUAAGCAUCUAUAAGGAUAAGGAUGUUAAUUUAGGUGAUGGGAUAGAAUACGGCCAGCAGAAGCGUGAAAAUCUUGCAGUUCUCAUUCAAGAGACGCUGGAACUCUUUGAACGCUACGGUGGAGAAAAUGCUUAUAUAAACAUUAAAUACAUGAUCCCCUCUUAUUGGUCGUGCAUGUAAAUGGAAUUAUAUUAAAUUGGAUGAUUCCAUCUGUGCUCUAAAAAAACUGUAUCUGACUCUGUGUGGCAUCUUGUUAGUCAUGCUUUAUUUUCUCUACAGCUGCUAAAAUAGUGGCUUCUGGGGCACUGGAGUGUUAGCACUAUUGUGAACAAGGCUUUCCAAUACAUAAAUAGUGUCUGUUCCUUUGAUUACAAUGGUGUACUG